AUGUCUUCUCCCGCCGCCUAUGACACAGUCUUCCUCCAUCCCGACGCCGCCACGUCUUCGGACUCAGGCAGCCCGCUUGCAGAAUCUGGGCAGGCGCCGAGUCUCUCUCCGUCUCGACUGCCUCGACUAGCCCGCUCUCCCGCUAUCCGGGAGAAGCAGCCAACACGCUUCAAUCCCUAUGCCCGCUCGCGCAAGCCUCGAGCCAGUCUUGCCGUUCGCGUCGACCUCCCCAGCCCUGCGAAGACGGGUCUUCCGACUCCAGUCAGUGCCGCGCUCAAGCAAUUGGAAGACUAUGACUACGAAUCGGAGGCCGAAGUCAGCAUGCUAUGCGGCGACGAGGAUACCAUCACCGCAGAGGACACGGGUGCGGUUGACGGCGAGGAUGAAGCUGGACCGAACGAUUCGAUUGCGAGCUACUACUUCUCAGCCGAGGCUGAUAACCUCGUGGAAUCAACGUCUUCGACUUCUCUCACUCCCGACUCUCCGAUUCUCGCUACCCCUGUUGCGCCGAGCGUGGACGUCAGCGAUAACAUGCUCGCUGCAUCGUUGGCCUCGAGCGCCUCCGACCCUCUCCUACUCGUCACCCCAGCCGAGAAGCAACCCACCACCGCAGAGGUCGACGCGACCCCAACCACGCUCCCUUCAACGGGCUCCCUAUUCCGCUUCCCGUCCACGAUGAAUCUCAACGUCAACCGCCUCCCCUCCACCCGCUCGCUCUCAGACACCCUCGCGCCCUACUCGUCCUGGCCCGACGCUGCAGACUCGGACAACGCGAACGAUAACCUCCCGCUGCUAUACAAUGCAGUGCUACGCGGUGUCCGCGCGGAAGAUCUGCGCGCGAUUGCUGCUGAUGCUACGAGUGAGGAAGCGGCGGCGGAGUGCAUCGAGCGCGUUGCGGGCGAGUUAUUUGCGUAUGCGGCGCGCGUUGCUAAGGGAGAGGCGGAGGGGAGCAGGACGGAGAAGGAAGGAGAGGGGAUGCGCGGUGAUGAGAUCCCGGGCCAGGCAGGAGUCGAGGGUGGCGGAUGGUGGUUCUCGGAUGCCUGGCGGGCAUGGAGGACUGGUCCGAGUGCGACAGAUUGA